CCGCCGCAGCAGCAGCAGCAGCUAAUGCGGCUAAAGCAGGGCUGAUUCCGGCUGAUUCAGGGCUAAAUCAGGGCUGAUUUAGGCUGAUUUACAGCUGAUUCAGGGCAGAAGAUGUUCCCCCUCCGUCCCGGGAGGGUCCAGCCAGGUGUGGAGUCUUUAACCCCGAGCUUUGAGUGAUGCUCUCGCGGAAGAAAAGCAAGAGCGAAGCGUCCAAACCAGCCGAGGUUCCCGGGAAGUAUGUGAAGAAGGAGACGUCGCCGCUGCUCCGGAAUCUGAUGCCCUCAUUCAUCCGUCAUGGACCCACGAUUCCCAGACGAACGGAGGGCCCCCCGCCCGAGAUGGGACCGUCCUCCUACCCGGUGGCCGCCGGCCGGGAGUCGGCGGUGUCCCGCAACAAGAACGUCCUCCGGCCACCGGUGCAGAGGCCGCCGCACGAGGUCGCCCGCAGGGAGAGCCACCGCAUGUCUGCGCCGCCGUACCUGCCCCGCAGCCUGGGGGACCUGUCGCACGAGUACCGCGGCUCCACGCAGUCCUUCCUCACCGACCUGGGCCACAUGUCCGAGAACGGAGACGCGGCGCGCUACUACUACGCGCCUGAAGCGUAUUACGACGGCCAGCAGCAGCAGCAGCGCCAGCAGCAGCAACAGCAGCAGCAGCAGCAGCAGCAGCAGCAGCAGCAGCAGCAGCAGCAGCAGCCCAGGAGAGCACCAGAGCGCUUUCCUGAGGACUAUAGAUACUAUGAACACAAUGAACACAACUUCCAAAGAGUUCCCCGCCAGCACACGCCCCCAGCUCCGAGCCGGCCCCCCUCAGGCAUAGGUCGCAUCCAGGCCAAGUCCCUGGGGAACCUGUCCAGCCUGGCGGCCGAGGACCUGCCGCUGCCGGGCGGCUGGACCGUGGACUGGACCAUCCGCGGCAGGAAGUACUACAUCGACCACAACACCAACACCACGCACUGGAGCCACCCGCUGGAGCGGGAGGGGCUGCCGCCGGGCUGGGAGAAGGUGGAGUCGGCCGAGUUCGGGGUCUACUACGUGGACCACAUCAACAAGAGGGCGCAGUACCGCCACCCCUGCGCCCCCAGCGUCCCCCGCUACGACCAGCCGCCGCCGCUGCCGCCGCCCGUCACCUACCAGCCCCGUCCGGCUGACAGGAACCAGCCGGUGCUGGUGCCGGCCAACCCGUACCACACGGCUGAGAUCCCGGACUGGCUGCAGGUCUACGCCCGGGCCCCGCUCAAGUACGACCACAUCCUGAAGUGGGAGCUGUUCCAGCUGGCCGACCUGGACACGUACCAGGGGAUGCUGAAGCUGCUGUUCAUGAAGGAGCUGGAGCACAUCGUGAAGUCGUACGAGGCGUACCGGCAGGCGCUGCUGUCCGAGGUGGAGUCGCGGCAGCAGCGGCAGCAGUGGUACUCCCAGCAGCCGGGCCAGAGCUUCCCGGGCGGGGGGGAACGCGUGGCCGCGCCCCGCUGAGGUUUCCACGCUCCGGGAGGCUCCGGGAGUCCGGGAGCCGCCCCGGAGCCUCCCCUUUUGAAAUCAUGAUGGACUGUUAAUUUGCCUCCUCACCAAACACAUCUGUGCUUUCGCUUGAUCCAAAUAUACCAGCCGGAGGAGAAGUGGGAGGGAGGGCGGCUCUCCCGGGUGACGCUCAAACGCUCAGCGAUUCCGGGAGGGAAACCAGGAUAUAAUGUGACACGACCGGGGAGGAAGGCCGACUCCUCCACCCCCUGACCCGUGGACUAUACAGCCGGAACAACGUCCCGACACGGUGCCUUUAAAAAGACUCAAAAUCUUACCAGGAAUAUUUGUCUUAUUUCUAGUUAAAAUGUCUCAUUUUUACCUCAUUACACUUAA